AUGGCAACCUUCACCAAGAUCGCAGAGGAUGUGCGACCCAGCAUCACCUUGAACCCCUCCCACAUCAUCUCCAAGAUCGAUGACAACGUCUAUGGUGGCUUCACCGAGCACAUGGGAAGAUGUAUUUACGGCGGCAUUUACGAUCCCGGCAACCCGCUCUCCGAUGAGAACGGUUUCCGUAAAGAUGUUAUUGAAGCCUUCAAAGAGCUGAACUGCCCUGUUGUGCGGUAUCCCGGUGGAAAUUUUGUCGCGACCUACCACUGGAUUGACGGCGUUGGUCCUAAAGAAAAGCGCCCCAAGAGACACGAGCUGGCUUGGGUCUGCGUUGAAAGCAAUGAGUUCGGAACAGACGAGUUCAUGAAAUGGUGUGAGGUCGUGGGAGCAGAGCCUUACUUGGCCCUCAACUUCGGUACCGGAACGCUUGAUGAGGCUCUGGCGUGGGUUGAAUACUGCAACUCUGACAAGGACACCUAUUACGCCAACCUCCGUCGACAGAAUGGCCGUGAGAAACCUUACAACGUCAGAUACUGGGCCCUUGGCAACGAGAUGUGGGGUCCCUGGCAGGUCGGCCAAAUGACCAAGGAAGACUACGCCAAGCAGGCGUACCAGUGGGCCAAGGCGCUCAAGCUACUUGAUCCCUCCAUAGAGCUGAUCCUCUGCGGUGAGACUGGCUUCAGUAGCUGGGACACCUAUGUGAUCAAGGAGUGCAUCACGUGGAAUAUGCAUGGCCUCGGUGGCAGCACCACGGCGUCCCUGAUCGACAUGCACAGCAUUCACCUUUAUACCGCGUCGGAGAACCACCUUGAGAACGCCACAGCACCUAGGGCGGCCGAACGUGCCAUUGAGAUUACAGGCGGUCUCAUAGACCUUGCCCGCAUCGAGAAUAAGGUACCCCCCACGUGUAAGAGACAAAAGGUCUGCUUCGACGAGUGGAAUGUUUGGGACCCUACCAGAGCACCCGGUGAGGAGGGUGGCGAGGAAGCCUACACACUAUCAGACGCCCUCGCCGUUGGAGUCUGGCUGAACGUGUUUGUUCGCCAGGCCAAGUACGUUGGCAUGGCCAACAUCGCCCAGUCGGUCAAUGUCAUCUCCCCUUUGAUGACCACGAAGGAGGGCAUCACCAAGCAGACCACUUGGUGGCCUUUGCUACUCUUCAGCAAGUAUAUGCGAGGCUCUACCAUCGCCACCCACGUCCGCUCCCCCGAGUAUGAGGGUGCCACCGAGCCCAACUGGAUCCGAGGGGCUAUCGAGACACCUUAUCUCGACGUCAGUGCUACUGUUGAUGACAACGGCUUUGUCAACUUGGCCGUCGUCAACAUCCACGAGACCAAGAGCUUCACCGUCGACCUCGAGGGUGUUAAGGAAGGCGCCGAUAUUCAGGUUUACACCGUCACCGGAGAGAACGUCGGGGUUGUCAACAAAGGUGACGAGAACCCCGUUGGCAUUGCCGAGAGCACGUGGGACGGCAAAGGCGCAUACGAGUUCCAGAAGGCCUCGGUCACGCUACUGAGGUGGAAGCACUAA